GCAAAGAAACCAAGUGCUGUCUCAACUACGAGUUCAGAGAACAGACAACGGAAACGUAAUGCGGAGGAUGGUCCAAGAUCUGCAUCUAGUGCAAGUGCGCAUGACAGUGCAAAGAAGAAGAAGGAUGGCAAGGAGAGUCCAAGCCCUGCCUCAUCACUAUUUGGAGAAACUGGCAGGACACAGCCAAAGGCUGCCAAGGCCAAAGCACCUGAAGAAGUCGACCAAUCCAAGAGCUCAAGUACUUCCAAGUCUUCUGCAGUUGAUGGCAAACGUGUUGCAGAAGAAGCUGGCACUCUUCCACCACAGAAGAGACAAAAGUCUGGGAAUGAUGGCAGGCCAGAUGCCAGCCAGAAGUCACCGACUUCUCAAGCGGCAAAGCCUGAUGAGAAAGGAGUCUCUGAACUUCAGAAGCAAGCUCGUCAGGCUGCACGGGAUGCGAAGCGUGACCAGGAGAAGGCCCGCAAGGCUGCACAGAUGAAGGCUGACGAGAAGAAGAAUCGUGAUGAGGAGAAGGCCUCCGCGGCUGCCGCCAAGAAGGCUGAGAAGAAGAAGCGUGACGAGGAGAAGGCCUCCGCGGCCGCCGCCAAGAAGGCUGAGGAGAAGGAGCCUGAUGAGGCAGCUGCCUCCGCGGCUGAGGAGAAGAAGAAGAAGCGUGAUGAGGAUAAGGCCUCCGUGGCUGCUGCCAAGAAAGCUGCGGCUGAGGAGAAGAAGAAGAGUCGUGAGGAGAAGGCCUCCGCGGCUGCUGCCAAGAAGGCUGAGGAGAAGAAGAAGCGUGAUGAGGAGAAGGCCGCCAAGCAGGCGAAGAAGACUGAGGUGGCUGAAGGUGACAAGGGCACUUCAGGUUCAGAGCUGAAGUGGGCUUGGUGGAAUGGAAAGUGGUGGUUCGAUGCGGGCCAUGGAUGGGAAGAGUUCACUCAGCACGUUUCUGACAAACUGGCAGUGAAGGCGGCCUUGGAGAGGAAGCCAACUGCCAAAUCAACUUCGACUGAAGAUGAACCUACUGCUGAGGCUGAGCUCAGUGAGGACCAGAUCAAGGGCCGAAAAUCCCACUACAUGCGGUUUUUCCACAGUCUGAAGUAUGACAAUGACCUGGACCUUGUCGAAGAACUGUGCGCUGCAAAGUAU